AUGUUCGGCUCCAUCUUCGGGUUUGCCAUCCUCAAACCGAUGUCGAAGGCGUUGCCGGAGCGGUUCGGAGGCGGGUACUUUGGUCCUAAGGAGAAUGUAUGUUGUCAGAGUGCAGCCACGGCUGCAGGAUCGCUGGGACUACUCUUUAGCUCUGGUUUCCCCGCUGCCUACCAGCUUGGAUUGCUCGGAAAUGAUCCUUCUGCAGACUUUGGGCGUAUCAUCACAUUCACGAUCACCUGUGCCUACGUCGGCAUCUUCUUCACCAUGCCCCUCCGUCGGCUGUACAUUCUCAAGCUCAAGCUCACCUUCCCGAGCUCCGUUGCGACGGCCUACACCAUCCGCUCGCUCCAUGUCGGCGUAAACGCCGCCGAGGUCGCGCGCAAAAAGACGUGGGCGCUGGCCAUUUCAUUCUUGAUCUCCAUCAUUUGGCGUGUCACCUCCGAGUACGCUCCCGGUAUCAUGUGGGAUUGGCACUGGUCAUGGUGGUUCUACCGCGCAGGCUGGAAGUGGAUCAUCUGCGCUGAGAGUUGGGGCUGGAUCUGGGAGUGGACGCCCGCGUUUAUCGGCGUAGGUCUGCUCGUUCCUAUGAACAGUUCCGUUUCCUUCGUCAGUGGUGCUGCGCUCGCAUGGGCAAUCAUCGGGCCUGCGCUAGUUACGACAGGCAAGGCGUUCGGCGUCGCGAUGUCCUCGCAGUACCCCGGGUACAUGAACUACGCGAACAUGGUGCUCGACGACCCAGUACAUGCCCCAUCGCCCGAGUACUGGAUGAUCUGGCCGGGGUGCAUGCUCCUUCUCAGCUCGAGCGUUGCCGAGAUCGGCGCCAACUACCGCACGGUCGCGACCGCGUUUUCGGUCAUGUUCCAGCCAGCGCUCGCGCGCUUGCGGCGUUUCCGCGGGAAGGGCGGGGAGGACGGUAAGGAGAGCGUGGUGCUGAACAAGGAGGACGGGUUCUACGAUCCCGUGCCGCCAGAGGAGCAGACGCCGUGGUGGCUGUGGGUCGGCGGGCUCAUUGCGAGCUCGAUCAUGACGAUGUGUGUGAUGAAGUACCAAUUUGGCCAGAACGCGGGUGUCACGCUGCUCGCGAUCGUAUUUGCGUUCAUCUUCUCGCUCGUCGGCGCCGAGUGCGUCGGGCGCGUGUCCGUCAACCCCGUCACGACGCUCGGCAACUUCUCUCAGCUGAUCUUCGGCGGUAUCUCGAAGGGCUCUGGUAUGGCCGCGACGACAAACCAGCUCAACAACGGGCUCACGGGAAUGAUUACCCUCGCCGCGGCGGAGCAGUGCUCGGACAUGCUCGGCGACCUCAAGACGACGCAUCUGCUCGGGGCAUCGCCACGCGUACAACUCUACGCGCAAUGCGUUGGCGCACUUGUGUCGAUCUUCCUCUCGUCCGCGAUGUACGUCGUCUUCUCGACGGCGUACCCAUGCAUCAACACGCUCUCGACCACGCGCUGCUCGUUCCCCGCGCCCGACGUGGCCUCGUGGCGUGCAGUGUCGUUGGCCGUGUCGGAGCCCGCGCUCCCGAUCCCGCUCUCGGCUGGGAUCACUGCGCUCGUGCUCGGCGGGAUGGUCAUCGUCUCGACCAUCGUCAAGUACCGCUUCGUGCCCCCGGCCAAGCACCACUUGUUCCCGAACUGGAACGCGGUGGGCAUCGCUUUUGUGCUCGGGCCGUCGAACACGUACCCCGUCGCGAUGAUGUUCGGGAGCCUCAUCGCACUCGUGUGGCGUAAGCGCUUCGGGGGCAACUGGCUGAUGUAUGGAUAUGCGGUCGCGGCGGGGAUGAUUGCGGGCGAGGGCCUUGGUGGUAUCGUCAAUGCGGCGCUGGAGAUUGGCAAGGUUUCAGGCUUACUGUACGGUACUAGCGUGGGAUGCCCGAUGGGCGAGUAUUGUGGGUGA